GCCGGGGGACGGGGGGACAUCGGCGGCGCCUGGGUCCGCCCCGAUCCCACAUUGCAACUGGGCCUACGUCACCGCGAUCGAUUCUAUGGGGCAGAGGGACACCAGACGUGUUCGUUGGCUGAAGGGUUUUGCUGAUAGUGCAGAAGACGACGGAGGGAUUACUGCAGCCUCUCAGGCAGACCAGGACGGGGAGAUACUCUGCCGAUGAGGUGCACAGCCCUGUAGGCCAGGACUGUCCAGUCCUGGUCCUGGAGCUGAGGCUGUACACUGAAGAGGAAGAAAUGCCUCUUUUGAGAAAGGUGAACCAGCUCCUGGUGCUGCUACUGCUCCUCCUACUGGGCUUCGUCCUGUACAGCCGAGUCCACCGGGCCGCCCCCAAGAGCAGUGACCCAGGAAAGGUGAACCAGCGCGGCGCCGCCGAGGACGGGCCCGACCAGGAGAUCCUGGUGGUCAUCUGCGCGGCGGAGGAUCGAAUGGGCGGCACCAUCGCGGCCAUCAACAGCGUGUACAGCAACACCGAGGCCCCGCUGCUGUUCUACGUCGUGACGCUGCGGGACUCCGUCAGCCAUGUCAGGAAAUGGAUUGAGAACUCCGAGUUAAAGGAAAUCAAGUUUAAAAUCCUGGAGUUCAACCCCAUGAUACUGAAGAGCAAAGUGCGGCCAGUUUCCUCCAGACCUGAGCUUCUGCACCCUUUGAAUUUUGUACGCUUCUACCUCCCAAUGCUCGUCUCCAAACACAAGAAAGUCAUCUACUUGGACGACGACGUCAUUGUUCAAGGGGACAUCCAGGAGCUGUACAGGACCGGCCUGCAGCCUGGCCACGCUGCCGCCUUCGCCUCUGACUGCGACCUGCCGUCCACCCACGAGAUGGUGCGCAGUGUGGGGAUGCAGACAACCUACAUGGGCUUCCUGGACUACAGGAAGCCGGAGGUGCGCGAGCUGGGCAUCAGCCCCGGCACCUGCUCCUUCAAUCCUGGCGUGAUGGUCGCCAACGUCACGGAGUGGAGACGCCAGAGGAUCACCAAGCAGCUCGAGAAGUGGAUGCAGCAGAACCUCAGAGACAACCUGUACAGCAGCGCCAUGGCUGGAGGGGUGGCCACGCCCCCCAUGCUGAUCGUCUUCUACCAGAAACACUCCAGCAUCGCCCCCCUGUGGCACGUCCGGCAUCUGGGCUGGAGUCCGGACACGCGGUACUCAGACCAGUUCCUGCAGGAGGCCCAUCUGCUGCACUGGAACGGCAGGUUCAAGCCCUGGGACUACCCCUGUGUGCACAUGGAGCUGUGGGAGCGCUGGUACAUCCCAGACCCCAUGGGGAAAUUCGCGCUGGUCAGGCCCAGCAGCUGAAGCUGCGCCUCCCCCUCCCUCAGCCCCGAGGUUUGGCCUGGAAAAUGGUCCUCAAGCUCUGUAGGGAGGGUGUGGCACCAGACAGGGCUCGAUAAUGGAGGUUACGUCUUGUCAAUUAAAAAGCUCGCCAUUAUCGUGUGCAGCAGGAUCAGGCCGUCCCAGUCCUGAGAGCCUUCAACUAGCAGCUGAUCCAGGGCAAAAACUAGGGAUGAUCUGAUGCAUAAUUCAUAUAAAUACUUCAAUGCAUUCAAUAUCGUCAGGGGUGGUACAAAUACCAGAGAAGCUUGUGGCUUUGGAGGACUGGUGGCGCCCAUCUCUGUUUAUGCCCUCAGGUAUUUGUGCCACAAGGAGCCCAGACAUUCAGUUAUGCCUCUGAGCAGUAUGCCUGCAUUAUUGUGCAACCACAGUCAGAACAGAGCUUUUCAAGGCCCCCAGGCACCACCGUGCUGUGACUUGCUGUGAAGAAACUUCAGUUCGAGAGCCACGCGGCAGUGUAAAAAAAUAUUUUGCUGUGGUUUGUGUUUAAAGUUAGAUGUGCAUGAGUGACUUCGCCAUUAUCAGCACUGCAGGACACGUUUACUAGGCAUGCAUCAUGUUGCAAAAAUGAAAAUGGGAUGAAUCAUUUAUGGAAAAUAAUUUUCAGGAAAGUAAAAGAAGAUGAAAAAUGUA